CACGCACGAAUAUAUCCAACCAAAUCCACCCCUCUCCCUCUCCACGCGCCGCUGGGCCCUCGGCCGCGCGACACGACGCCCCCCCUCCCUCCCCUUGCCACCAUUCCGAGGCCCAUGUGCUCUGCUCACUGCUCCCGUCCGUCACAUGCUCGCCGGUCCUCACUGCUCCUAGCCUAGCAGCGGCAGCCACACAGCAGGCGGUCGCGGUGAGUGAGUGAGGCGCGGGACGGAGAUGAAGGAGGCGGCUGGCGGCGGCGGGGACGGGGCCGGGGGGUUCGUGCGGGCGGACCAGAUCGACCUCAAGAGCCUCGACGAGCAGCUCGACCGUCAUCUGGCCCGCGCAUGGACCCUGGACAAGCCCAAGCGCGGCGCCGGCGACGGCCAGGAGCGGCGGCAGCAGCCGCGGGAGGACUGGGAGGCCGACCCCGCCAGGCUCGUCGUCCGGGGCGUCAUCGCGCGCGGCACCUUCGGCACCGUCCACCGCGGCGUCUACGACGGCCUCGACGUCGCAGUGAAACUGCUUGAUUGGGGAGAGGAUGGUCACAGGUCAGAGCAAGAAAUAACAGCAAUAAGAGCAGCCUUUUCACAAGAAGUCUCCGUCUGGCAUAAGCUUGAUCAUCCAAAUGUAACUAAGUUUAUAGGGGCUAUAAUGGGUGCUGGGGAUCUGAAUAUUCAGACAGAAGAUGGAAACAUUGGCAUGCCAAGUAAUGUGUGCUGUGUCAUUGUGGAGUACCUUGCUGGAGGUGCACUGAAAACAUUUCUGAUAAAGAACAGGAGAAGGAAGUUGGCUUUUAAAGUUGUGGUCCAGAUAGCUCUUGACCUUGCCAGGGGAUUAAGCUAUCUUCACUCGAAGAAAAUUGUGCACCGUGAUGUGAAGACUGAAAACAUGCUUCUUGACAAAACAAGGACUGUAAAAAUCGCAGAUUUUGGUGUUGCUCGCCAUGAGGCUGCAAACCCCAGUGAUAUGACAGGCGAAACAGGCACCCUUGGCUACAUGGCGCCUGAGGUUCUCAACGGCAACGCUUACAACAGGAAAUGUGACGUCUACAGCUAUGGGAUCUGCUUAUGGGAGGUCUACUGCUGCGACAUGCCGUACGCGGACCUGAGCUUCUCGGAGGUCACGUCCGCUGUUGUUCGUCAGAACCUGAGGCCGGAGAUCCCGCGGUGCUGCCCGAGCGCCUUUGCGAACGUGAUGAAGCGGUGCUGGGACGCGAACCCCGACAAGCGGCCGGAGAUGGCGGAGGUGGUGACGAUGCUGGAGGCGAUCGACACGUCCAAGGGCGGGGGCAUGAUCCCCGUGGACCAGGCGAGGGGCAUCGGGUGCCUCUCCUGCCUAAGGCCGCGCAGGGGCCCCUGACGGAUGGAUCACACGGCGAGGUUGAGGUAGUGCCUCUCUGCAAUGUUCAGACUGAGCGCUGGAUCUCGCGUUAGUUAAUUGCGUUUGCUUUAGUUUUAAGGCACGCAAGCCGGUUGAUGAAGCUUAGCUAGUGUGCCUGUGACCCUUGGUUUGGCAAGCAGCCCAUCUGAUGUAAAUUCCUGUGUCUACUACCCCUUGCUGUUUAUCUAAGAAAGAACCGGCUCGCUCGUUUAUCUAUCAGUCUAUGCUUUUCUGUGCUGAAA